UAUCUACGCUGUACUCAUAAUAGUUGUACCUGUUUCAAAAGGUGGAGCUGUCAAAACACAAACUCUACUCAGUACUCACUCCAACUCUUAUUAUUGGCUUCAGGACUUUAUAGCACGAGCCAUAUAUUAAGUCGUGGUAUCGAUCGCACAAGCUAAGCAAGGCGCGAACCGUCGUGUGUGCAUCGGGCGACUGAGUUGCCGCGCACCCAACCCCCCGGCGCGCCGCCUCGCCGGGCCACUUGGUACAACCUCAAAGGAAAAGCGAUGGCGUCUGCAGCUGCGUCCAGGCUCCAAGAGGAGCGCCGGCAGUGGCGAAAGGACCAUCCGCCGGGAAUGACCGCCAAGCCUACAACGGCGAAAGACGGUUCAACGGAUAUAUUUGUGUGGGAUUGCAAGGUACCCGGCAUGAAAGGGACAUUCUGCGAAGGAGGCCUCUUCCCCUUCACGAUCAAGUUCUCACCCGAGCAUCCACACAAGCCACCCCUCGUGUUCAUGCCUAAGGGCUUCUUCCACGUCAACGUGUUUGAUGAUGGCGGCGUGUGCCUGAGCAUUCUGAAGGAGGUGGUGCCCAAGCACCUCGGCGACGUGUCCGGCUGGCGGCCCAGCUUCACGGUAAAGCAGAUCCUCAUCGCCAUGCAGGUGGGUUUAGACACCAUGCAAGAGCUUCUCAGCUCGCCCAACUUUGGCUCCGUUGCAAAUUUUGCGGUGGCUCACCUCAAGGCCAGGAGCGAGAAGGAGUACCUGCAGCGCAUGAAGGACCAGACGGCCAAGUACAAGGCGGAGGACGACGAGGACGCGUGACACUACUGGCCGUGGCAGCCGCGUGCUGAGGAACGGCGGCACUUGGAACUGCGGUCAGUUGGGCGGGCAGCGCCACGGGAGGUGCGCGAGCGUGCAGGUGGCGUUCGUUCGUAACCAGGUCGAGGGGUGCAGGACUACAGAUUGGUCGGGCAGAGCAGGUGGACUUCGGCAGGUAGCUGCGCAUACGCCCGUGCAGUGGCCGCAGCCGCCGUACAAUGAGGCUUGUGGUGUCCAGGCUUUCCUAGCACGCAGACAACGAAUGCGCUGACAGAGUCCUUCUGUCACUGGGAAUAGCUCGUGAGUUUGCUACGGGACUUAGGGUACUGCCAGGAUUACGGUGACAUGAGCAUGUGAAAGCACAAGGGAAAGGGAUAGGGCUGACGUGCGACCGUAGUACGGCAUGUUUGCGACGCUACAAGAAGUGGCAAUCUGCAGCGCCCAAGCCUGGGAUGGUCCUUGAACCCCAUGAAGGCG